GAGAGAGGAGGAACGAGAGUCGCUCUGCCAAUUUUAUUUCCUGGCAGGAGAGACAGUCAUGAAAUUAAAUCCCACGUACCUAGCAUUAGCCUACCAACUUUAGCCCUCAUAGGUGGCUUGAGGAAUGCUGUCGCUGUGUCAGGGUAAUAUUCUUUUCAUGUAGAUUAGUCAAAUAACACCGAGCGCUAUGAACUUAUUACCAUCCAAUCCUCACGGUAAUGGAUUACUUUUUUCUGGAUUUAAUCAGGAUCACGGAUGUUUUGCAUGUGGAAUGGAAAAUGGAUUCAGGGUGUAUAACUCAGACCCUCUUAAAGAAAAGGAAAAACAAGAGUUUCUUGAGGGAGGAAUCGGUCACGUGGAGAUGCUUUUUCGGUGCAAUUAUCUUGCACUUGUUGGAGGAGGAAAAAAACCCAAGUACCCUCCCAAUAAAGUGAUGAUUUGGGAUGACCUCAAGAAAAAGACUGUGAUAGAAAUUGAGUUUUCCACUGAGGUCAAAGCUGUUAAGCUUCGGCGUGACAGAAUUGUGGUGGUCCUAGAUUCCAUGAUUAAAGUCUUUACAUUUACUCAUAAUCCUCACCAGCUACAUGUCUUUGAAACAUGCUAUAACCCUAAAGGUUUGUGUGUCUUGUGCCCAAACAGUAACAAUUCAUUGCUAGCAUUCCCAGCCACUCACUCUGGACAUGUUCAGAUAGUAGACCUGGCCAACACGGAGAAACCUCCUGUUGACAUUCCUGCCCAUGAGGGUGCCCUGUGCUGCAUCGCUCUCAACCUUCAGGGCACGCGGAUAGCAACAGCGUCUGAAAAAGGGACCCUGAUCAGAAUAUUUGACACUUCAGCAGGUCAUCUUAUUCAGGAGCUAAGAAGAGGAUCACAAACUGCCAACAUAUACUGCAUCAAUUUCAACCAGGAUGCGUCUCUUAUCUGCGUAUCAAGCGAUCAUGGAACAGUUCACAUAUUUGCCGCAGAGGAUCCCAAAAGGAACAAGCAAUCCAGCUUGGCAUCAGCCAGUUUUCUCCCCAAGUACUUCAGCUCCAAAUGGAGUUUCUCCAAGUUCCAGGUCCCAUCUGGUUCACCCUGUGUCUGUGCCUUUGGAACAGAACCCAAUGCUGUUAUAGCUAUUUGUGCUGACGGCAGCUACUACAAGUUUCUGUUCAACCAAAAAGGGGAGUGCUCAAGGGAUGUGUAUGCACAGUUCUUGGAAAUGACCGACGAGAAGAUCUGAGUGUAGACACUAUUUUAUGAGAUUCAAUUUCUUUCUUGACAUCUCCAAGCUUGAAGGAUGUCAAAGGACUCAAAUGGCAUUCAUACGACAAACGUACUUUUUGGAGAUCACUAUGUCACAGAUGUGGAGGAGAGACCAAAAGAAACUCUAAAUUCUCUCUUGAUUCAAACCAUAAGAGACAUUUCUAUGAACAAGCAGAGAUGGUUGGAAAACUGUGACUAAAGUACUCAUUCUGUGGAGUGAGAAGAGGGAAACCUUAUUUUUUAAAUGUCUUCCAUGGGAUUUUUUUAAGGUUUGAAUGUCCUUGGCUUGGUAGCAAGAGAGAUCAUCUUUGUCCACUAAUAAAACCUAAUCUGAUAUAGGGAGUGCCUGUGUAAUUAAGAUGAGAGAUGGGUGUAUACAUGUACAUCAUCCACAGUAUGUAUUUACAAACUAUUUGGUAGUUAUAUAUUGUUUUACUUGCUCAAGUACACAAGUUACCACAGAAAACAACGCAACUAGAGAGUGUAAAGGGUAUAACUAAAACAACAUUUUAUGGUGUAAAUGUUUGCUCCUUAUUUCAUGUAAUGCAGUAUUCUUUAUUUGAGUUUUUUGCAAGUAUUUGUUGGAGUUUAAGAGAAAUAAACUGAUAUUCACAGUGCUCUUUAGCCACUGUGCUGUCACAUGAGAAACACAAAAGAUAUGCACAACAAAUUUGGCCAUGGGGAGGACUUUUUAUUUUUAUUGUCACAAAAAGUCCAUAUUUAAGCUGUAAAUUGUUUAAAAUAAAAUGCACAACUCAAACCCCAUGUUUUGGUGGAUACAGCAUCCCAAACUAAUCUGGAAUCACUGCAAUAGUUUGGGUGUAAAUGGAAAACUACUUUAACAAGGUUGCUAAUGAAUACAUGACUGAAUAGUUUUAUUGUUUAACAGCUAGAAUUAGCACUUUGUCAUAUUAGUUGCAUUACUAUUACUUUUAAAGACUAAUGCACUCAAAUUCUACCAAAGUGCCCAGUCUUAUCUCCUGAAGUAUUUAUUUUUUCUUUUUUUAUUGUUGUCUUCAUUCUUCGAGUUGUUCUUUGAAAUGUAUCUACGAGCUGUUUUGUUACUCAUUUGAUGCUUAUGUCAUUGAUAAUGUGCAAGUAAUUACACCUAUGGUUUAUUUCAUGAAUAUGUGUUUCAUAUGCUCUGAUUGUGUGGCCUGCGGGGAUGACCAGAUAAAUCAGUAACAUACCACAAAUUAAAAGAUGAUUGUAAAAGAAUGAAUGGAAAUUCUUUAUGGCAUUUAGGUCCAGAAUGCCACUAUAACAUAUGGCCAUUCUAUCACAUUAACAGCCAAUAUUGCUUAAAAUCACACCUUGAUAGAUUAUGAAUAGUGGUUAUUUUUGGGGAUAGAUGUGUGGAUGUGUGAUUUAUCUUCAAUUAGAAUGUUAAAGGGAUAGUUCACCCAAAAAUGAAAGUUCAUCACUUUCUCACUCUCAUGUGAUCCCAGAUGUGUAUGACUUUCUUUCUUCCACUGAACACACGUCAAGAUUUUUAGAAAAAAUAUCUCGGCUUUGUAGGUCCUUUUGCCACAAGGAGACUAGUUUGCAGGCAUUUUUAUUUGAGUUUUGGAGCUUCAAAGUUCUUGCCACCAUUCACUUGCAUUGAGUGGAACAACAGAGCUGAGAUGUUCAUCCAAAAUAUCUUUGUGUUCUGCAGAAGAAAGUCAUACACAUCUGGGAUGGCAUGAGGGUAAAUAAAUGAUGAGUGUAGCUGAGACCAAGUGGGACAGCAAGGAGCUAAUGUGUUUUGGUAUGUUGAGUUGGGCUGGGCUGGGUGUGUUGGUUAGAACACCGAAGCAAGAGAAGGAAUAGCGUGAAACAGGUUUAUUGAUACAAGCAUGUGUAUAGGCAGUAUUUCCAUAAAAUGUGGAGCUAGGCUGAAUCUGAGUACAACACUGAAUGAUCUUCAAUAAAAUGCUGAACGUUGGUACAGAUCUCUUUGACUGAAUCUAUGAGUGUGUAUAUUUGUAUAUAAAGGUGUGGUCUGAAACAAAGAAAUAAAGGAAUGUCUUUUAACAAAUAGCUGUUUUUCUAUACCACCAUAAUAAUAUCUGCAUAAUAUAAACAACCUCUUAGCUGUCCAUCGUAUCCGAUGAUGACACUUGCUUUAGGGAAUGGGUAGGUUUCAGGGGAGGGCAUCAGCUGGGUUGAUGCUGAUACCACUUCAUGUGGCUGUGGAGGCCGAUCCGAGAACCACACACUCUGUUGCAGGUGAGGCAGGAGAAGCCGGAUGCUAGGGCAGUGCCAGCACCCCACCUGUGGCAUUGAGCAUGUCUUUCAUUCCUCCGCUGUUGUACGGCUUGAUGCAAUUCUUCAGUCACACUGGCACAAUAAGCAUGCCAGACAGACCUGUCUUGAGCGAGGGUCUCAACAUGAGUGGGAUCAAUACCACAGCAUUUCAAGAUGUUUCUUCUACCCACCAACAGCACCUUUGCUGUAAGGAUUUGGCCAUACAGGACUUGCCGUAGUAACUGGUGUUCCGGCAUGCGAAUGACAUGCCCCAAGCACAAUCUGAUGUCUGGCUAGCAUUGCUUCCAUACAGAGGGUGUUAGUGUUGGCCAGUAUCUCUGUAUGGGGUGUCCGAUCCUCCCAAGACAGACCAAGGAUUUUUUUUAAGACAUCGUACAUGGAAGGCCUCCAAAAGCACAAUAUGCCCUCUGUAUGGUGUCCAUAUCUCUGCCCCAUAGAGGAGAGUGGAAACACAUGCCGUAUUAUAAACAGCAACCUGGGUUGCUAUUCUCAAAUUUUUGUUCUCAAAGACCCUUACACGUAGGAGACCAAAGGCUUUGAAGGCUUUGUUAAUGUGGCAGUUUAUUUUAUGGUAAAGAGAGCAAUCUGAGGAGAGUGUGGAGCCAAGAUAGGUGAAUCUGUCCACCACUUUCAGUGGACACCAUUGAUGUGGAAGCUCGAAAAUAUGGCUGGCUGUUCUGAGAACUGUGCAAUCAUUUCUGUUUUCUGAAUAUUGACUUGGAGACCAAAGGACUGGUAGAUGCUGGAGAUUGUAUUGAGGGCAUACUGCAUGGAUUGAGGGGUAUGGGCUUUGACUGCACAGUCAUCUGCAUAUUGCAACUCAUGUAUCUGACAUGUUAGAGAUUUAUUGCGGGCCUGAAACCAUCAAAUAUUAAAGGGGUUUCCAUCCAGGCAGUACUGGAUAUGAACACCAUCUGUGUGUCCAAGUGCAUGAUGGAAUAGAUGUGUGAUGGCUGAGAGCAGCAGGUUGAACAAGAUGGGAGCCAGUACACAGCCUUGCUUGACCCCAAACUAAACAC